UUAUUUGUUUCCCACACUUGCUGAACGAAACAUUGUCACAUUGUGCGCCAGUGGGUUAGUGGUGUCACUUCCAUAAAUAUGAAGUUCGUGGUCCUGUUGGGUGCAUCUGCUUUCAUACUGGUAAUAUCGAAUGGGAAGGAAACAUCCUCAAAAUUACAGACAGACAGACUUAAACAACGACUUCAGAACAUCCAUUGGUCUUGGAAACUGUCGGAUUCCAAGAUUCAGAAUAUCCAGCCUGCCUCAUUUCGGGUAAAUGUCGUGUCUACCUAUAACGUGACAGGAACAUCAAAAGACAACUAUGAAUGCAUCAUAUUUUACGUUCACUUUCCAGUUCAGCACAAAGACUGCCUGAGCAUAUUGAAACAUAAUGAAGAAAGGAAGGGAAAAAGUGGGGUGUAUACUAUUUACCCAGACCUAAAGACAAAGAAACUGGUGUAUUGUGACAUGACGACGGACGGUGGUGGUUGGACAGUCAUUCAGAAACGGCGGGAUGCAUCAACAGAUUUCUACAGGACUUGGAGAGAUUACAAACAUGGAUUUGGAGAUCCUUCGACGAAUUACUGGAUAGGAAAUGACGCGCUACACUCACUUACCAAGUCAGGGAACCAAGUCCUCCGUGUGAACCUUCAGAAAUUUAAUGGUCAGAAGGCGUAUGCUAAAUACUCCAAAUUCUCUGUUGGUGAUGAAAGCAGCAAAUACAAACUAAUUGUGUCAGGAUACAGGGGCACGGCAGGAGACAGUCUUGCUUACCACAAUGGAAUGCAAUUUUCAACAAGAGAUCAGGACAAUGACAAGAGCAGUGCCCAUUGUGCCAGGACAUAUUCAGCGGCAUGGUGGUAUAAAAACUGCCAUAAAUCCAAUCUGAAUGGCCAGUAUGUUCACUCUGCCAAGGUUAAUGGCAAAUAUAUCGUCUGGUAUAACUGGGGUCAUAGUUCGGCAUCACUGAGAAAAGUAACUAUGAUGAUCAAGUCCGGAAAGUGAAUAUAACUUGUAAAACAUUUCAUCAAUACAGAAAUAAAAGAAGGUAAAAGAGUG